CUCGGCACCUGGUAUUUCCGCUUUGGGCCUGCACAAGAUGGAGACUAUACUGGAGCAACAGCGGCGCUACCAUGAGGAAAAAGAGCGGCUCAUGGACGUUAUGACCAAGGAGAUGAUGGCGAAGAAAGCCACGUUACGGGAGCAGAUCAAUUCAGACCACAGAGCCAGAACAAUGCUCGAUAGGUAUAUGGACGUGAGCUCUAACAUAAGAGACUUGUAUGAAGAUAAAGAUGGAUUAAGAAAAGAAGAACUCAGUGCAAUUUCUGGGCCCAAUGAGUUUGGCGAAUUUUACAACAGACUAAAAUUAAUAAAAGAAUUUCAUCGGAAGCAUCCAAAUGAGAUCUGCGUACCCAUGUCAGUUGAAUUUGAUGAGCUCCUGAAAUCUAGGGAGAACCCAAGUGAAGAAGCUCAGAAUCUAGUGGAAUUUACGGAUGAGGAAGGUUAUGGUCGCUAUUUGGAUCUCCAUGACUGUUACUUGAAAUACAUUAAUCUCAAAUCCAUAGAGAAACCGGAUUACAUUACAUAUUUAUCUACUUUUGACCAACUCUUUGACAUUCCUAAAGAACGGAAAAAUGCGGAAUACAAAAGGUAUCUGGAAGUGCUUUUAGAAUACCUCCAAGAUUACACAGACAGGGUAAAGCCUUUGUUAGAUCAGAAUGAACUUUUUGGAAAGAUACAGAAUGAAUUUGAAAAGAAAUGGGAGUCCGGAAGCUUUCCAGGAUGGCCGAAAGAAACCAGCAGUGCACUUACACAUGCAGGAGCUCACUUGGACCUUUCAGCUUUUUCAUCAUGGGAGGAAUUGGCUUCUCUUGGUUUAGACAGAUUGAAGUCUGCAUUGCUUGCUUUGGGUCUUAAAUGUGGAGGAACACUCGAGGAAAGAGCACAAAGACUUUUUGGUACAAAAGGAAAAUCUCUGGAAUCUCUAGAUUCUUCCUUGUUUGCUAAAAAUCCCAAGGCAAAAGGUGUCAGAAGGGACACAGAAAAAAACAAAGAUAUUGCUUUUCUUGAGGCACAAAUUUAUGAAUAUGUCGAAAUCCUUGGGGAGCAGAGACAUCUGACACAUGAAAAUGUACAGCGCAAGCAAGCUCGGACUGGUGAAGAACGGGAAGAAGAGGAGGAAGAACAGAUCAGUGAAAGUGAGAGCGACGACGAGGAAAAUGAAAUUAUUUAUAACCCCAAAAACCUUCCUCUUGGGUGGGAUGGCAAGCCUAUACCAUACUGGCUGUAUAAGCUACAUGGACUAAACAUAAACUACAACUGCGAGAUAUGUGGAAAUUACACCUACCGAGGACCCAAGGCUUUUCAGCGACACUUUGCGGAAUGGAGACACGCACAUGGCAUGAGAUGUCUGGGAAUCCCGAAUACUGCUCAUUUUGCCAACGUCACACAGAUUGAGGAUGCAGUUUCACUGUGGUCAAAGCUCAAGCACCAGAAGGCGUCAGAAAGGUGGCAGCCUGACACUGAGGAAGAAUAUGAAGAUUCAAGUGGGAAUGUUGUUAAUAAAAAGACAUAUGAAGAUUUAAAACGCCAAGGACUUCUCUAAUGAACAUCAUUUUUCCAGACGUUCCUGAUUUGUUUUCCUACCAGAUAAAAAAUAUGUUGUU